AUGAGAGAGCUCCGAACGAACAUCGAUCCGAUCAGAAGCUUCGAUCUGCCCGACGAGGCUCCGAGAGCACGAAUAAUUUCGACGGAUUUCUUGCAGAAAAGCAGCAGAAAAAUGAUGAAUAAAGUGUUCAAGGUGAGCUACGGAAGAGGAUUUCUAGAAAAAAAUAAAUAAACUUCAGGACGAUUCCCGACAGGAAGACUUCAGAAGAUGGAAGCUGGACGAGCUGACGGAUAGAGAUAUGCGAAGCAGCAAAGAAGUGAAGAGCUCCGCCCAUUCGCUGUUCGAAGGCAGAAGCGGAAGUGAGGAAGAGGAGAAGAACAUCGGAGAGUUCUUCCCGACAAGAAGAUUCCUGAGAUUAUGA